AUGCGCAAGACAUUACUUCUUGUCUUCAUUCAUGGGUUCAAGGGUGGCGAUGACACUUUUGGAUCCUUUCCCGAACAUCUCCGUACGCUUCUUAGCCAUGCGCUGCCGAACAUCGAUGUCGUCGCCAUCACUUAUCCAAGAUUUGACACCCGGGGUGAUUUGAGAGAUUGCGUUGCACGUUUUCGAGAAUGGCUUCAGAACAAAGUCAUCGACUUGGAGGUGGCUCGGUCCACACCGUCCCCUGCGGUCGAUCCUUCGGUCCAUGUGAUCUUGAUUGGACACUCAAUGGGGGGAAUUGUGGCGGCAGAAACAUAUCUUCUUAUUGCAAAUGAACAACCGAUCCCGGCAGGCUCUUCACGACAGAAUCCCGAAAGACCUAACUUUCCGUCCAAUACAACCCUCAAUUCGUCGACGUCCACCUCGCAUCCGACCACGACUCACCAUCAUGAUGCCGCUUCUCAAGUCCCGAAUUUCAUGUUUCCCCAUGUCCAGGGCGUGCUAGCGUUUGACACACCCUUCCUGGGUCUCGCUCCUGGCAUGGUUGCUCAUGGCCUGGAAGGAGGUCACAAAUUCGUUUCGAAUGCCUUCAGCACGUACAACGAAGUCGCGUCGAUGUUUGGCUGGGGAUCCAAAUCCGAACCCAAUAUUGCGUCGGCGGCUUCAAGCUCCAGACAGCUCCCAGCGCCGACCUCCGCCACGGCAGAUGCAGCAGCAACACCUCGGUGGCAGUCCUGGGGCAAAUAUGCUAUGUUUGCCGGUGCAGCGGGCGCAGUCGUCGCUGGCGGCGCGGCAGCAUUGUACUCGCAGCGAGAGAAGUUGAGCGCAGGAUGGCAAUGGGCGUCCGAUCACCUCCUGUUCGUGGGAGAACUGUUCAAGCCAGAGUUCUUGCGCAAGCGAGUGGAAAAUCUUGAACAGGCCUGCAAGGAACGUGGUGGCGGAUGUGCGAAUCUCUACAGUAACCUGGGCAAGGGUGCUCGUGAAGGCUAUGGAAUCACAGCUAGCGUGGCAGGCAAAGAACGGACGUUCUGCAACCUACCUAUGUCUGCCGGCAAAGAUGGGAUUAAACAGGUCAAGAACACGAAAGGUGCAAAACCGACGGGGAUGCAGUGGAUCAAAGCCGUCAACGAAAAAGCCGCCGACGAGACCGUGGCCCAUGUGACCAUGUUUUUCCCGCUCGACAACCCGGGGUACUAUGCCCUAGGUGACAGAGCCAAGGAGUUGGUGUCUGAAUGGGUCGAUCAGGGCUGGUACCGCACAAGCAAUGGGCCGACGUUCCUAGGAAAGGAUCAUGGGGUCAGCUACGGUGAAGUGGGCGACGGCUGGGAGAAGCCGGACUACGAUAACGACGAGAUUCGAGCGAAAGAACGACAACGAGAUCGUCAUGGCGGAUACGCUAACUCUGGAUCCGAGGUUGAAGGAAAUCCGACCAGAGAUGGCGACUUUGUCGAUUUGCGUCACGCUGAGGAUGGAAUGAAUCUGGAAGAAGAUGACGAAGUGAGAAUGCACGACGAUGAUGAUCAUGAAGGCGAGGGCCUUCAAGACAGUGUGAUCGUCGAAAUGACCGGCAGCGGACAUCUGCCUUUGCCCAAAUCGGAAAGUACUUCAGGUCUCUGA